AUGCGUCCAAGCUUCAAAAAUAAGUUCCAGUUUCCCUCAUUUUUUAGCACAGUCCCUGAUGUGAAGGACCAAUUUGCAACCAUCAUCCUCUUACUGAAGCAUUUUGGCUGGAAUUGGGUGGGCAUUGUGACUACAGAUGAUGAGGACGGUCAGAAGGUCAAUACAGAGCUGAAAACUCUUCUGAUACAAAACAAGAUUUGUGUUGAGUUUGCUGUCACUCUAGCUGACCAUUAUUAUAUUAAGAAAAGUGAAAAAGCUUAUCGCAGCCUUUCACAAUCAACUUGCAGCAUUGUAAUACUGUAUGGUAAUGCAAAGACUGAUGAUCUUAUCCAGGCUGUCAAUGAUAUUCCAGCUUUAAGAAAAACCUUUAUAUUGUUUGGAGCUUUCCAGAUAUAUACCUACAAGUCUAUUAUUGUUCUUAAUGGUUCUCUGCUGAUCCAUUUGCACAGAGGGAAUAUUCCGGGACUGAAGGAUUAUCUGCUUGAUAUUAACCCUGAGAAAUAUCCUGAUAACCCCAUGUUACUUAAUGCUUGGGCUAAUCAAUUCUUUUGUAUUCCUAAAUCUCUCCUGAAUGAUUCAGAUUAUGUAGCAUGUACAGAGUCUUAUAGUUUACGUUCCGUGGAUCCCUCUUAUUAUGAUGUGGAAAAUUUUCGCUAUACUUUCAGCGUGUAUUCUGCAGUUUAUGCCCUGGCAUACGGCCUACAUGAUGUAUAUUUACACAAGAAGAUGGAGAUCACUGAGACCAGAACCCAAAAUUGGCAGCCAUGGCAGAUGAACAGAUAUCUGAGGAGAACGCAUAUUGCAACCAAAGGAGGAGAGGAGAUACAGUUUAAUGAAGGAAAAGUCUCAUCCAGGUUUGAUCUGUUAAACAUCGUAUUUACACCUAAUAAAUCCUUAUCAAUGAUUACAGUUGGAUAUUUUUACAAUUAUGGGAAAGGAUUGAAACUCCAACUUAAUGAGAGUGCAAUUCAGUGGAAUCCAAAAUUCUCUCAGACUCCACGUUCUCUGUGCUCCGAGAGCUGCCUCCCCGGAUACCAAAAACAUCAACACAAAGGAGGACAACCAUGCUGCCACCACUGUGUACCCUGCCCGGAGAAUGAGAUCACCAAUAAAAGAGACAUGGAAAGGUGUUAUAAGUGUCCAGAGGAUCAAUGGCCCAAUGAGAGAAGAGACAGCUGUAUACAGAGAACAAUUGAAUUCCUGUCUUAUGGAGAUACAUUGGGAGUUUCUCUUAUGUUUAUGGCCCUAAUAUUCUGUUUUGGAACUAUUAUCAUGUUUGGGAUAUUUGUGAAACACAAAGACACUCCAAUAGUAAAAGCCAAUAACCGGACCUUCAGCUUCAUCCUUCUCAUCUCACUGAUCCUGUCCUUUCUUUGUCCUCUGCUCUUCAUCGGACGUCCCACAAAGAUCUCCUGUCUUCUCCGACAAGCUGUUUUUGGGACAAUUUUCUCUGUUGCAGUUUCUUCGGUUCUGGCUAAAACAGUUACUGUUGUUCUGGCUUUUAAUGUCACCAGACCUAACAGUAUUAACAAGUGUAUGAUGAAACAAUUCUCUGUUUUCCUCCUGAUUAUUUGCUCUUCUGGACAGCUUGUGAUCUGUGUCUUCUGGUUUGUCUUUUCCCCACCAUUCCCAGAGUAUGACACCCAAGUAGAGGUGGGGAAGAUAAUAUUACAGUGUAACGAGGGCUCUGUCACUGCUUUCUACAUUGUGAUUGGCUACAUGGGAUGUCUUGCUGUGUUCAGCUUUAUUGUAGCCUUUUUAGCCAGGAAACUUCCCGACACGUUCAAUGAAGCUCAGUACAUCACAUUCAGCAUGCUGGUCUUCUGCAGUGUUUGGAUCUCCUUCAUCCCAGCCUACCUCAGCACCAAAGGGAGAUACAUGGUGGCUGUGGAGGUCUUCGCCAUCUUGUCCUCCAGUGCUGGACUCCUGGGCUGCAUCUUCAUUCCCAAAUGUUACAUCAUUCUGAUGAGACCAGAGCUGAAUGUGAAGGCGACUGUAGCCCAAAGAAAAGCACUUCAGUAA